AUGGCGGUGCCGAGUCCACCUACACCUAUUCCCCGAGGGCGGUUCCGCAGGGUCCACAGGGCUGUCAAAUCCGGCCUGGCAUCCACACUCCGCCCACUCCAGCAACACUACUACACCCUCUAUGACCUCCAGUACCUGUUCCUCUUUGUCCUCUUCUCCUUCUGCUUCUGGAUCAUGGACAACCCCCUCUGGUUCAAACUACCCAUCGCCCUUGCUGUCAUCGCCCUCUUGAUCCCUCGCAGGACACGCUUGUUUAUGCUACCGUUCUUUGCCCCGGCCUCCUGGCUGAUCCUCUUCUAUUGCUGCCGUUUCAUCCCCUCCAACUGGAGGCCACACAUCUUUACUUCGGUCCUCCCUGCUCUCGAAAACAUCCUCUACGGCGGAAGCAUCUCGGAGAUGCUCGCCCAGGCAACAACUCCCUUCAAGGAUAUCCUUGCCUGGAUCCCGUACGGUAUUCUUCACUAUGUGUUGCCCAUUGUCACUGCCAUCCUGAUUGUUUGCUUUGGUCCUCCAGGCACCCUCCCUGUCUUUGCAAGGACCUUUGGCUACAUGAAUGUGGUUGGUGUCCUCACCCAGAUCUUCUUCCCCUGUGCCCCUCCAUGGUACGAGACAAAGUAUGGAGGUUUUGAGCCAGCAACCUAUUCGAUGCCUGGCGACCCUGGUGGAUUGGCACGCGUGGACGACAUCCUGGGCGUCAAUAUGUACAAGGCCACUUUCACUGCCUCACCCCUCGUCUUUGGCGCAUUCCCCUCGCUGCACUCGGCCCACGCUUGGCAAUUGGGCUUCUUCCUCGUCUACAUCUUUGGCCCUCGUGCCAUCCCCUUUACCGUCCUCUACGUCUUUUGGAUCUGGUGGGCGACCAUGUAUCUCGGACACCACUACGUCGUUGAUCUUGUCGGAGGAGGAGCAUAUGCCGUAGUCGCCUUUUGGCUUGGAUCUUAUUUCUUGCCCACGCUGAUGCCCAUGACGACGUUUGAUCUGGAAAGACAGGAGAAGGGGAAGGGAAGCACGUACGACGCUGACGCCGUCCAUCCUCAGGAGAAACAGACAUUUUUGCAGGACCACCCCGAGAUGGACCAAGGAGACGAGGAUGAGGAGGAGAACGAGGGUGGCAAUGUCCAGGAGAAUAAUGUCAACGAUGUCCGCUGGAACAGCAAGAGAAACAGCAUGCUUAGCAGGAACAAGGACGUGGCUGCAUGGCAACUUGGCCCACUCUCGGAAGAAAGGGAUGUCUUUGAGUACUCGUCAUCCUCAUCUUCUUCGUCGUCUUCUGACCAUCAUGGAACUGGCUCCUUUGCACAUGGAUACAGCAUGCAGGUGGAUACGAUUGAAAUGAGCAGCGUGGUCGUGACUAUACCAGCCCUGUCUGAGCUGGAUAUCACCGAGGCACGUCAAGUCCAUUCGGAGCCAUCAUCACCAACCGGCAGUGACCACUCCUCAACAUCCUCGACCUCAUCUUCUGCAACGGUGUCAUCUUGGUCGCAAAGGAAAAAGCGCUCAUCCGCAGCAGUACUACAAAAGAACAUCAAUCGACAGUCCUGGGGCGGAUGGCAGGGAUACGAAUCGUGGGUCGAGGUCUUAACGACAAUCAACUCUUCACGAACUUCACCUAGGGGAUCUCCCAAAAGCACGCCAGCCCAGUCUCCCCGCACCUCAACGAACCAUCGUUCUGGAGCCGCGUUCUAA